ACAAGAACCUAAAUCCUACUACGCUAAAUGGGUCGUGCCACCGGCGCCGGUGACAAAGAAACCGCCGGAAAGAUGACGCAACUCAGCAAGAGAGUAGUCGGAAUGAACAUCCGAUGGAACAUCAUCGACAGAAUCUCUAAUUUCCGCCGUUUAUUCAGAUUUAUUUGGGACAGAAUUCUUGUUUGCUCCACCGGAAAACAAGAACGUCAUUACCGCCGACUAUCCCUCCGACCGCCGCCGACAAACGACCGGAUAAAUGAGAUUCAGGAACCAGAAGAACCGACGGCGACGGCGACCUCAAGUGGGUAUUCGUCUGAUUCGGAUUUAGUCUCCUUGAAAAUUUGUAUUCUUGGUGAUUGCGAUAUUGGGAAAACAAGUUUCGUGGUAAAAUAUGUUGGGAAUGAAAGAAGAAACAAAGGUUUGGAAAUGAAGGGAUUGAAUUUGAUGGACAAGACAUUGUUUGUACGAGGAGCAAGAAUUGCAUUUAGAAUAUGGGACGUUGGAGGUGAUCGCAUGUCGCUGAAUCAUGUGCCAAUUGCUUGCAAAGGAGCGGUAGCGAUCUUGUUCAUGUUUGAUCUUACAAGUCGUUGUACCCUUAAUAGUGUUAUUGGUUGGUAUACUCAAGCAAGGAAAUGGAAUCAGGAAGCAAUUUUGAUUUUAAUUGGGACUAAGUUUGAUGAAUUUGUUUGCCUUCCACCGGAUUUGCAAUGGACUAUUAUUACCCAGGCAAGAGCAACUGCAAGAGCUAUGAAUGCAACACUAUUCUUUUCGAGUUCAAGACACAAUAUCAAUGUUAACAAGAUCUUCAAAUUCAUAACCGCCAAGCUCUUUAACCUUUCAUGGACAGUCGAGAGGAACUUGACUCUUGGAGAACCCAUCAUUGAUUUCUAGCUACCUUUCUCAAUCUUCUACAUGAUGUACAUACAUGAUAGAUGCAACAAAGAAGAAAAAAGGAAUUUUGUUUGGUCGCCUUUUAACUUUAUUGCAUCUGAAUUUUACU